AUGGCUUUCAAGCCCUUUAUAUGGUAUUGCAGGCCAGUCGAGGAUGGACUUUGGGCUCAUGAAACGGACAGUGCUUUUGGAGCAUACACACCCUGUGUGUUGGAUUCAGUUGUUGGCUGUGUGUCUCACUUGGUUGUGCUUGGAUUGUGUAGUUACAGAAUAUGGUUGAUGAUGAUGGAUUACAGAAUUAGGAGGUAUCGGCUGAGGUCGAAUUUCUACAAUUAUCUGUUGGGAUUGUUGGCAGGUUGUUGUGGUGUCGAGUCUUUAUUCAGAUUAGCUCUGGGCAUUUCAGUUUUCAAUUUGGAUGCACAAAGUGGAUUUGCUCCCUAUGAGAUACUUUCAAUUGGCAUUCAGGCAAUCGCUUGGGGUUCCUUAGUUCUUAUGCUUCUGUUGGAAACAAAAGUUUAUGUUAAAGAAUUUCAGUGGUACAUUCGAUUUGGAGUAAUUUAUAUUCUUGUGGGAGAUGCUGUGAUAUUCAACUUAAUCCUUUCACUGAUUGAGUUUUACUCAAGGUCCGUACUGUAUCUAUAUUGCUGUUCGUUUGUCUGCCAGAUUGUGUUCGCGGUGCUGCUUCUUGCUCACUUCCCGCAAUUGGAAGCAUACCCUGGCUACAUACCACUGUCUGCUGAAACUAUUGAUGAAAGUAAACACGAGAAGUUGCUUGGAGGUGAUAUCUGUCCUGAAAGACAUGCCAACUUCCUCUCUAGAAUAUGUUUCGGCUGGAUGACACCCCUCAUGCAACAAGGGUACAAGAAACCAAUCACUGAUAAGGAUGUGUGGCAAUUGGAUUCAUGGGAUCAGACUGAGACACUUAUUGAGAAGUUCCAAAAGUGCUGGGUUGUAGAAUCGCAAAGAUCUAAUCCAUGGCUUCUACGUGCUCUAAAUUAUAGCCUUGGAGGCAGAUUUUGGUAUGGAGGCUUGUUCAAAAUUGGAAAUGAUCUUUCCCAGUUUGUCGGACCUGUCAUACUAAACCAUCUCUUAAAGUCUCUGGAGCGGGGAGAUCCAGCUUGGGUUGGAUAUGUUUAUGCCUUCUCAAUUUUUGUGGGAGUGUCAUGUGGAGUUCUCUGUGAAGCACAGUACUUUCAGAAUGUAAUGCGUGUUGGUUUCAGGCUGAGAUCUACCUUGGUGGCUGCUAUAUUCCGCAAAUCUUUGAGGCUUACACAUGAGAGUCGCAAGAAGUUUCCAUCUGGAAGAAUAACCAAUAUGAUAACAACAGAUGCUAAUGCUCUUCAGCAAAUAUGCCAACAACUUCAUGGCUUAUGGUCAGCUCCAUUCCGGAUCACAAUUGCUAUGGUUCUUCUGUACCAACAAUUAGGGGUGGCAUCUCUUCUUGGUUCUCUUAUGCUAGUUCUCAUGUUUCCUAUUCAGACUCUUAUAAUAAGCAACAUGAGAAGGUUGUCCAAGGAAGGCUUACAACGCACGGACAAGAGAGUGGGGCUGAUGAAUGAGAUUCUAGUGGCUAUGGACACUGUGAAAUGCUAUGCUUGGGAGAAAAGUUUUCAAUCUAAAAUCCAAAGCAUGAGGAACGAGGAACUCUCAUGGUUCAAGAAAGCACAGUUGCUAGCAGCAUGCAACACGUUCAUAUUGAACAGCAUCCCGGUCCUUGUCACCGUGGUUUCAUUUGGAAUGUUCACUUUGCUUGGUGGAGAUUUGACACCAGCACGAGCUUUUACUUCACUAUCUCUGUUUGCAGUGCUGCGGUUUCCCUUGAACAUGCUUCCGAAUCUGAUAACUCAGGUUGUGAAUGCAAAUGUAUCAUUGCAACGACUUGAAGAACUGUUUAUCGCUGAAGAAAGAAUUCUUUUACCUAAUCCACCUAGAGAAGCUGGAGUUCCUGCCAUUUCAAUCAAGGAUGGGUGCUUUUCAUGGGAUUCGAAGGCCGAAAAGCCAACUUUAUCAGAUGUAAAUUUAGAUAUAGAAGUUGGAAGCCUUGUUGCAAUUGUUGGUGGUACUGGAGAAGGAAAGACGUCUCUUAUCUCAGCAAUGCUUGGGGAGCUUCCUGCUGUAGGAGACUCGAGGGUUGUAAUUAGAGGAACAGUUGCUUAUGUUCCUCAAAUUUCUUGGAUCUUCAAUGCCACAGUACGCGAGAACAUAUUGUUUGGAUCAAGCUUUCAGCGUGCACAAUAUUGGAAAGCUAUAGAGGGUCACGACCUUACCGAGAUUGGUGAAAGAGGAGUAAAUAUCAGCGGAGGACAAAAGCAGAGAGUGUCUUUGGCACGGGCUGUGUACUCAAAUUCUGAUGUCUACAUAUUUGAUGACCCUUUGAGUGCUCUGGAUGCGGAUGUAGCAAGACAGGUUUUCAACAAAUGUAUUAAGGAAGAAUUGCAAGAGAAAACAAGGGUGCUAGUGACAAACCAGCUCCACUUUCUUCCCCAAGUAGAUAAAAUUAUUUUGGUGUCAGAAGGUAGAAUUAAAGAGCAAGGAACCUUUGAGGAGCUUUCUAGACAUGGUAGGCUUUUCCAAAAGCUGAUGGAAAAUGCAGGGAAGAUGGAAGAACAUGUGGAAGUUAAUGGGGAUAUGACAGAUAUUGUUAGUGAAUCCCCAUACCCUGAUGAUAAACAUCAUGAGCAGCCAAAGGACACAAACUCCAUGAGUAGAAGGAAGGAAGUUAAAUCAAUACUCAUCAAGCAAGAAGAGCGGGAGACUGGAGUUGUCAGCUGGAAUGUUUUGAUGAGGUAUCGAGAUGCUUUAGGAGGCUUGUGGGUUGUCAUGAUACUGUUCAGCUGCUAUAUAUCAACAGAAAUCCUUCGUAUUCUAAGUAGCACAUGGUUGAGUAUAUGGACAAAGCAAAGCUCUUCAACUAGCUUUGGACCGGGUUUUUACCUCCUAGUGUAUGCACUUUUGUCUUCUGGUCAGGUGUUGGUAACAUUUGCAAACUCAUUUUGGUUGAUUAGAUCGAGUCUCAAUGCAGCCAAAAGACUUCAUGAUUCCAUGUUGCACUCCAUACUCAAGGCUCCUAUGGUAUUUUUCCACACAAAUCCUACUGGAAGAAUCAUUAAUAGAUUCUCGAAGGAUAUUGGUGAUAUCGAUAGGAAUGUUGCCAGUAUGGCGAAUAUGUUUCUUAAUCAACUCUGGCAGCUUCUUUCAACAUUUGUACUCAUAGGAUUCGUGAGUACCAUAUCACUCUGGGCAAUAAUGCCCCUUCUGAUUGUGUUUUAUGCAGCCUAUCUGUAUUAUCAGAGCACAGCAAGGGAAGUGAAGCGUCUGGAUUCCAUUACUAGAUCUCCUGUUUAUGCACAAUUUGGAGAAGCAUUGAAUGGUUUAUCAACCAUUCGUGCGUAUAAAGCACACGACCGGAUGGCAAAAAUCAAUGGAAAAGCUAUGGACAAUAAUCUCAGAUUCACUCUAGUUAAUAUAAGUUCCAAUCGCUGGCUAACCAUCAGGCUGGAAACACUGGGAGGCAUAAUGAUCUGGAUGACGGCAACAUUUGCUGUUAUGCAGAAUGGAAAAGCUGGAAAUCAUGUUGCAUUUGCAUCAACGAUGGGUCUAUUACUUAGCUAUUCCCUAAAUAUUACAAAUUUGCUUAGUAACGUUUUAAGACAAGCAAGUAGGGCUGAAAAUAGUCUAAAUGCUGUGGAACGUGUGGGAACGUAUAUUGAUUUGCCAUCUGAGGCUCCAGAUAUUAUUGAAAGCAAUCGUCCUCCUCCUGGAUGGCCCUCUUCAGGAUUAAUCAGAUUCGAAGAUGUUGUCCUUCGUUACAGGCCUGGACUGCCUCCUGUUUUACGGGGGUUAUCUUUUAAGAUUUCUCCUUGUCAGAAAGUUGGCAUAGUUGGAAGAACUGGUGCAGGGAAAUCGAGCCUUCUUAACGCUUUGUUUCGGAUUGUAGAGCUCGAAAGUGGGAGAAUCUUGAUAGAUGACUAUGACGUCUCAAAAUUUGGAUUGACUGACCUUCGUAGAGUUCUCAGCAUCAUACCACAAUCACCUGUUCUUUUCUCUGGGACUGUGCGUUUUAACCUUGAUCCUUUUGGUGAACACAAUGACCCUAACCUCUGGGAGGCAUUAGAGCGUGCUCAUUUGAAGGAUGUCAUCAGAAGAUAUGCUCUUGGUUUGGAUGCUGAGGUUUCAGAAGGAGGAGAGAACUUCAGUGUUGGACAAAGGCAAUUACUGAGUCUUGCUCGAUCUCUUCUUAGGAGAUCGAAAAUUCUUGUGCUUGAUGAAGCAACUGCAGCUGUUGAUGUUAGAACUGACGCACUAAUACAGAAGACCAUUCGAGAAGAAUUCAAAUCAUGCACAAUGCUCACCAUAGCUCACAGGCUAAAUACUAUCAUAGACAGUGACCAUAUCCUAUUGCUUGAUGCUGGUCAGGUAGUGGAGUAUGAUACGCCAGAGAAGCUUCUACAAAAUGAAGGUAGUGCUUUCUCUAAGAUGGUGCAGAGCACGGGGUCUGCAAAUGCUCAGUACUUACGAAGCUUAGUUCUCGAAAAGGAAGGGGAAAAGAAAUUCACACCAGAGCAUAGGAAACACAGAAAAUGGCAGGCGUCUUCAUAUUGGAGUGCUGCUGCUCGAUUUGCAGUCGCUCUUAAUAUUUCGUCUGCGCUGAAGGACCUGAAAAUACCUAAUCUUGAUCAUUCAAACAUCUUACAUGAAACCAAGGAUGCAAUUUUAACUUUGCAAGGAGUAUUGGAAGGAAAACAUGAUGAACAAAUCGAAGAAACACUGAACCAUUAUGCAAUUCCUAGAGAAAGAUGGUGGUCAGCUCUCUAUAGAGUAAUCGAAGGACUUGCAGCAAUUAACAGGUUGGCGUGUUCCGGAAUUCAGCCAUUUGAAAACGCAUCUGAAGACACAUCUGAAGAUUGGGAACAUUUCGAAAUGCAGUGA